AUAAUCGUAAUUAGACACUCCGUUACACGCUUGGCUUUGAGCAGAUAAAUAAAUAUGACAGCUUCGUGCUAGCCAAAACACCACAACGAAAGAAACUACCAAUCAGCAAAGUCGUCGGGUCAAAUGGAAUCAGAAACGGCGGCGUUUAAGUGGGAGGGCAAGCAAACCGCCCAAGUCAACGGCGUCACGGCGGAGCAGGUCUGGUCGGUCGUUUCAGACUUCUGCAACGUCCACGAGUGGUUCCCCACUGUUGACACGUGUUACCGAGUCCAAGGAACCGAUGGUCAGCCGGGUCUGAUCCGCUACUGCGCCUCCACCAAAACCAAGGAAGAGGAAACCAAAUGGGCUAAAGAGCGUUUGGUCGAGAUCGAUCCAACGGCGCGGUAUUUGAGCUACGAGAUCCUCGAGAAUAACGUUGGGUUCAGAUCUUACGUGGCGACCGUCAAAGUAAUCUCAGUGGACGGUGGAGAUGAAUCGGAUGGUGGAAAAGUCUGUCGAAUCGAGUGGUCGUUUGUUUCCGAUCCUGUUGAUGGUUGGACGAAGGAAGGCCUUGAAUCCUACGUGGACAUUUGUCUUAAACAUUUGGCGAAUAAAAUGGAAAUGAAUCUGUAACACCUCGUUUUUGUUUUUUUUUUCGUGAUAAAAAUAUGUGAAAGCGAGCUGGUGAUUUUCGUGUUAGAAAGUGAAAUAAAGAUUAUAUAUAUAUUUUUUAAUAAAGAUUAUAUUUGAC